AUGGAGAAAAUUUCUCUCCUUACUUUAAUAUGUGGAAAUUUUAUUUUAAUCUCUCAUUUUUGUCUGACAUCAUCAGUCUCAGUGUUCGUGUCGAGACAGACAGCUCAGUCAGUGUUAGUGAGACAGAAGCGCUUUAAUAAAGGCCUGUUGGAGGAGAUGCUGAAAGGGAAUCUGGAGAGAGAGUGUGUUGAGGAGAAAUGCAGCUUUGAGGAAGCGCGUGAAGUUUUUGAAGAUCAAGAGAAAACAAGAGAGUACUGGAUCCUUAACAUCGAUGGAGAUCAGUGUUUGUCGUCUCCUUGUCAGAAUGGAGGGGAUUGUAAAGACGGGUUGAGCUCCUACACGUGUUGGUGUCCCAUCGGCUUCAACGGGAAGAACUGCGAGCUGGAACUCGGGAGACAGUGCACCGUGAAUAACGGCGGCUGCGGGCAGUUCUGCGCGGCGGAUCAGGUGAAGGGCGUGCUGCUGUGCCAGUGCGCUGAUGGAUACACGCUGUCUGCAGAUGAGCGGAGCUGUGAGCCAGCAGAUGGUCACCCUUGCGGCCGUUUGGGGAAGAACAUCGCAGACAAGUUCGCCGCGAGGAAGGUGAACAGUGAAACCGUGAUCCAAGUUCAUGAGAUCAGACAUGUGAAUGUGACGGAGAGGAAUUUAACAGCAACAAACAGCACAAAUUCCACGGAGCUCAGCAACGCCACCAUCAGGCCAACGCUGAGAGAAGACGAUUGGGAUUUCUUCCCCACCGUACCCUCUGUCAUACAGGAGACCAAGAGUGAAAAUCGCAUUGUGGGGGGACAUGACGCAAUACCUGGGGAGAUUCCCUGGCAGGUGGCACUGGUCCUAAAGGAAAACGGUAAGGUGUUCUGUGGCGGGUCUCUCCUGAGUGAGCUGUGGGUCAUCACCGCCGCCCACUGCGUGAUGGACGCAGGGAUCAGGAACUUCUUUAUCAGAUUAGGAGAGCAUAAUGUUCACAUUGAGGAACAGCAGGAGCGCAAUCAUGAAAUUGAUGAACACCAUGUCCACGCCGACUACAAGUAUAAGGAAAGCCACAACCAUGACAUCGCUCUGCUGAAACUCAAAACACCCGUCACCUUCUCAGAUUACAUCAUCCCCAUCUGCCUGGGGCCGAAAUCCUUCACGGAGAAGUUGCUGAAAAGCGUUCCCGUCUCGCUGGUGAGUGGGUGGGGCCGGCUGCACUAUGGAGGGGUGGAGUCCGACAAGCUCCAGAAGGUCGAGGUUCCCUAUGUGGACCGCACUGAAUGCAAAGGCAGCGAUAAGAUUUCACGCUUCAUGUUCUGCGCCGGGUUCCUGACCACCCGCAAGGACUCGUGCCAAGGAGACAGCGGAGGACCUCAUGCCACCAAACUGGGCAAAGACACGUGGUUCCUGACGGGCAUCGUCAGCUGGGGUGACGAGUGCGCUAAAGAGGGGAAGUAUGGUGUGUACACACGCGUGUCCAAGUACGUUAACUGGAUCACAAACAUGACUGGAAUCAGGGCAGGUACUUCUGUAUGA